AUGGAUCCGAGGAUUAAUGGAUGGAUGGGUGGAUCAAGAAUGGGUUCGGGGCAGAUUCAACGACUGCCAAAUCGAACAAUUACGUCGUCAAACUGUGAGACUGCCAAGUUGUCAACCACUGACGGCAAUGUAGCUCUCCAGGAGGAGUCCACUCUCACCCAUCCAACUGCUCGACUGUCUUCCCUCAUCCCUUACUCGUGCAUACGAUGA